CAUGUCCCCCGGUUAACGGAGUGAAUGAGGCGGGCUCUAUAGCCUCAGUCUGGACUGGCCGUGCUGGCUGGAGCCAUAACCAUCAGCCGAGCAGGGACUAAAAGGGGGGUUUUAUAUGCUAUGCUGUGGAGCCCAUCCCCACUAGUGCCCGCGACAUGCUACAUCCCCUAUGCGUUUACCAGCCCACGCACUCUCCGGAAAACACAGCCGUCUUUAUAACAGAGAGAGACAGUGAGAGAUGACAGCGAGGAGAGACGCUUCCCAGCCGCUGAGCAGCUCUUGCCUCCGGGAGAGGAAGGGAGCGGCGGAACGGCCGAAGGCUAACCCCGAUUGGGUUUAUCUCUCCCUUCGACAGGAGCCGGAGAAAGGCCCGGUGUCCGCGGCGGGGAUCCAUGCCCAUGUGGUGGGGACUGUCGCUGGCUCCGGUGCUGCGGACGAGUCCUCUGACAGCGAAGCAGAGCAGGAAGGCCCCCAGAAACUCACCCGGAAAGUGUCCACUUCAGGACAGAUCAGGAGCAAGACGAGUAUAAAGGAGGGAUUGUUGCUGAAACAGACCAGCUCCUUCCAAAGAUGGAAAAAGCGUUACUUCAAACUGAGAGGCCGAACCCUCUACUACGCCAAAGAUGCCAAGUCCCUUAUCUUUGACGAGGUCGACCUAUCGGAUGCCAGCGUUGCAGAGUCCAGCACUAAGAAUGUCAACAACAGCUUCACAGUGAUCACUCCGUUCCGUAGGCUCAUCCUCUGUGCCGAGAACCGGAAAGAGAUGGAGGACUGGAUCAGUUCGCUGAAGUCCGUCCAGUCCAGAGAGCAUUACGAGACUGCACAGUUUAAUGUGGAACAUUUCUCAGGGAUGCACAACUGGUACGCCUGCUCCCACGCACGGCCCACCUUUUGCAACGUCUGCAAAGACAGCUUGUCUGGGGUCACGUCUCACGGCCUCUCCUGCGAAGUGUGCAAAUUCAAAGCCCACAAACGCUGUGCUGUCAGAGCCACUAACAACUGUAAAUGGACAACUCUGGCUUCCAUAGGGAAGGAUAUUAUCGAGGAUGAGGAUGGGAUUGCUAUGCCUCACCAGUGGUUGGAAGGCAACCUGCCUGUCAGCGCCAAGUGUGCCGUGUGUGAUAAGACAUGUGGCAGCGUACUGAGACUGCAGGACUGGCGCUGCCUCUGGUGCAAAGCCAUGGUGCACACAGCCUGUAUGGACCUGUACCCUCGCAAGUGUCCUCUUGGUCAGUGCAAGGUCUCCAUCAUUCCCCCUACAGCGCUCAACAGCAUCGACUCUGAUGGCUUCUGGAAGGCCACCUGUCCCCCCUCAUGUGCCAGCCCCCUCCUGGUCUUUGUCAACUCCAAAAGUGGUGACAACCAGGGAGUGAAAUUCCUGCGACGCUUCAAGCAGCUCCUCAACCCGGCUCAAGUCUUUGACCUGGUCAACGGUGGGCCGCACCUUGGUCUGCGCCUGUUUCAGAAGUUUGACAACUUCCGGAUCCUGGUGUGUGGAGGCGAUGGGAGUGUAGGCUGGGUCCUCUCAGAGAUUGACAAACUCAAUCUUCACAAACAGUGCCAGCUGGGGGUGUUGCCCUUGGGCACGGGCAAUGAUCUGGCACGGGUGCUGGGCUGGGGCCCUUCGUGCGACGAUGACACCCAGCUGCCCCAGAUCCUGGAGAAGUUAGAGAGGGCCAGCACCAAGAUGCUGGACCGCUGGAGCAUCAUGACCUACGAGAUUAAGAUCCCACCAAAACACAGCUGCCCCACCACGCCUGAGGGAACCGACGACUGCCAGUUUCACAUUUCAACCUAUGAAGACUCAGUAGCUGCUCACCUCACAAAGAUCCUCAAUUCAGAGCAGAACUCUGUGGUCAUCUCCUCUGCCAAGAUCCUGUGUGAAACAGUGAAGGAUUUUGUUGCCAAAGUGGGGAAAGCCUACGAAAAAAGUACAGAGAACAACGAGGAGUGCGACACUAUGUCUCUCAAAUGUGCCAUCCUGAAUGAGAAACUAGACUCCCUCCUGCAAACCCUCAACACAGAGUGCCAGGCUCUACCUUCACUCCCCCACUCCACUCCUCCUAUCGUGGAGGAGGAGCAGGAAGAGGAGGAGGAGGAGGAGGAAGAGGAGGAGGCCAGCGAGGAGAGCCUGACGGAGCUGAAGGAGAAGCUGGAGGAGGAGGAGACGGAGAAAGGAGGACGAGGCGCCCCACACCAGCUGUUCAAAAGCCGGGAACAGAUGAUGCUCAGGGCCAACAGUCUGAAGAAAGCCGUGCGACAGAUCAUAGAACAGGCCGAGAAAGUGGUGGAUGAGCAGAACUCGCACACAGAGGACACGGAGCUGCCGUCCCCCCUGGAGUUCAGGAAGGACAGCGAGGACGAGAACCGAGACAGUGAGAAGGAUGAGGACACCAAGGAACAGGAAGCAGUCACAUCUGUUAAGAGUCCCUGUUCUCCAACGGAGAGGAGGGUGAGCCGCAGCACCCAGUCAUAUGGCUCCUUCACCAUCACCCCCUUCACCACCAGCAAGGAGAACCUCCCUGUACUCAACACACGCAUCAUCUGCCCUGGCUUGCGGGCAGGUCUGGCUGCCUCCAUCGCUGGCAGCUCCAUCAUUAGCAAGAUGCUGCUGGCUAACAUCGACCCCUUUGGUGCCACACCCUUCAUCGACCCCGACCUCGACUCACUAGAGGGCUACAUGGAGAAAUGUGUGAUGAACAACUACUUUGGCAUCGGCCUGGAUGCCAAGAUCUCCCUGGAGUUCAACAACAAGCGAGAGGAGCAUCCAGAGAAAUGCAGGAGUCGUACCAAGAACAUGAUGUGGUACGGUGUUUUGGGCACAAAGGAGCUUCUGCAGAGAACCUACAAGAACCUGGAGCAGAAGGUCCAGCUAGAGUGUGACGGCCAGUACAUCCCCCUGCCCAGCCUUCAGGGGAUCGCAGUGUUAAACAUUCCCAGCUACGCAGGCGGGACCAACUUCUGGGGCGGCACCAAGGAGGAUGAUAUCUUCUGUGCCCCAUCGUUUGAUGAUAAGAUCCUAGAAGUCGUGGCUGUGUUUGGGAGCAUGCAGAUGGCUGUGUCCAGAGUCAUCAAACUGCAACACCACCGCAUAGCACAGUGUCGCACAGUGAAGAUUACGAUCCUCGGUGAUGAGGGGGUUCCCAUUCAGGUGGACGGUGAGGCCUGGAUCCAACCGCCUGGAGUCAUCAAGAUCCAGCACAAGAACAGGGCUCAGAUGCUCACCAGAGACCGGGCGUUUGAGAACACGUUGAAGUCAUGGGAGGACAAGUUGAAGUAUGAUAAGCCUCCUUUGCGGCCUCACCUCUACCCACAGCAGUCUGUGGAUCUGGCGACGGAAGAGGAGGCCGCCCUGGUGCAGAUGUGCGCCCGAGCCGCUGAGGAGCUCAUUACAAGGAUAUGUGAGGCUGCAAAGACCAAUGGGCUUUUAGAGCAAGAGCUGGCUCAUGCUGUUAACGCCUCGUCUCACGCCAUCAACAAAACACACCCCAAGUUCCCAGAGAGUCUGACCAGAAACACAGCUAUAGAGGUGGCCAGCACUGUCAAGGCUCUGUACAACGAGACAGAGUCUCUGCUAUUGGGCCGAGUCUCGCUGCAACUGGACCAGCCGGAGGAGGACCAGCUGUCCAGUGCUCUGCAGAGUCUGGAGUUGGAACUGGGAAAACUGGGAGAGGUCCCCUGGCUCUACCAUAUACUGCAGCCCAAUGAUGAGGAGGACCACUCUCUGGGUUACGGCAAGAGGAACAGUCGCAGCAGCAUGUUUCGCAUAGUGCCCAAGUUCAAGAAGGAGAAGGCCGCCAAGAAGACGAGCCCUCAGUCAGUGGAGAGAUGGGGCACAGAGGAGGUGGGCGUCUGGCUGGAACAGCUGAGUCUGGGGGAGUACAGAGACACCUUCAUCAGACACGACAUCCGAGGCUCGGAGCUUCUGCACUUGGAGAGGAGGGACCUGAAGGAUCUGGGGAUAUCGAAAGUGGGUCAUAUGAAGAGAAUUCUCCAGGGAACUAAGGACCUGGCAAAGGUGUCCAUGGUUGACCUCUAACCCGGAAGCAGACGCUACCGGAGAGGGGGAAACAAACAUUUCCCCUUUACAGUCAGUGGAAGAGUCUGGGAGCACUGUAGGCACUGAAGGAGAAGAAGAUGGGUAUUCAAGGAGAGCUGGAUUUGUAUCCCUCUGCUGAGAAAGCCUUUGUGAAGUUGUUAACAAGAUACAUAAGUGUGUUCGUUUGUGCUUUGGUGCCAAAAUAGCAGUCGAAUGAAAGCGGAUGGAAAUGCAAAAGGAAGUCAUGGAUCUUCACAACAACAACAACAAACAAAAAAAGCCAUUUCUAAGUUAAUUACCAUUCAUAGCACACAAUCAGGUAUGCAACUAACCAUACAGUUGACGGUUGACUUAACAACAAACUAGUAGCAAAAACCAGGACUUCCAUGAGACGAGGGUGGGACUUAGCUUCUGUUCAGUUGGGUGCGAGUGUGAAAACGUGACACGUUUGCUGGAUCACAGAACCGCAGAUGCGUCAAAGCAACCGUCAGGUUGCAGUAGCACUGCCGUUUCCGUGGAGACGGAGACGAUAAAGUGGUGACAUCACAGUCUCUCGGUGGUAAUCAUAAAAGGUGUGGUGUCUGGAAACAGUGGGAUGCCGUCGCAUGCUAUGCUCGCUCAACUUUCGAUAUGUUUAAUUGCAUGAUUAGUGUCUUGAUUUCUUCGCGUGCAAAAAUAACACUUGAACAAGUUUUACAUGACUUAAGUAUUACGAUGCCAUUUGUUACUACUGAAAGCAUCCCUUUUAUUUGGGUUCUAAAUCCAACUUUUGUUUUUCUAGCUUUAAUUUUAAAUUUUCUUUUUUUUUGCAUGAUAAUGACGUGUGUCAAAAGAUCCGUGCCAUAUAUUUCAGUCAUUUAGUGGAAAAUGUGCUUUAUUGGUAGAAGUCAUAAGAAGUUUUUUUUUUUUUUUUUAAAGAAGCUGUUGUUGAAGAAUGAAUAUAUGGAAUUAAUACCUGUAAGUGGACACGUUCUCUGUGGAUGUGAAAUCAGCACCAAAGUGAAUGUCCAAGAAAACAUGAUCAUCUGAUGACUGUUCAGUUCGCGCCUCUUAAUUUAAUAGCCAAGUAAGUUCUUAGAUCUUAAUGGGAAAGAGAUUAGGAAGAAAGUAAACGUGUUGGCCUGAAGCCAACCACAUAAACUGUAGGCUUUUUUUUUUUUUUUUUUUUUUUUAAGGAACACUUAAAAAGGCACUUUUUACUUCUUGCUUCAUGCAAGUGACAUAGAAUUAACGGUUCACCUCAACUUUUUAACUUUUGGCAAUUUAACACAGUAUUUAACACUAAUGGGAAUAGCAGUUAGAUAUAUCGGGUUUGAAUAUAUAAUAGAGCAGUUGAUCUGCAGCCUGCAUAGCGUUGUCCAAGUGCAGCUUUUAUUUCUUCAAAUAACAAGUUGAUAGAACACUACUUUUACUUAGUUUCUUUUAAGACUGGU